AUGGAGAACCAGACAGAGGUGCGGGAGUUUGUUCUCCUUGGCCUGACCAAUGUCCUGGAGCUACAGUACUUCCUCUUCCCUCUCUUCCUCCUGCUCUACACAACCAGUCUGCUGGGGAACGGGGCCAUCAUAGCGGUGGUCUUAGCCGAGCCCCGGCUCCACACCCCCAUGUACUUCUUCCUGGGCAACCUCUCCAGCCUGGACAUCUGCUCCUCCACCGUGACUGUGCCCAAGAUGCUGGCUGGCUUCCUCUCCCAGCAUCAGGCCAUCUCCUUGGCCGGCUGCCUGGUCCAACUCUACUUCUUCCACCUCCUGGGCAGCAGCGAGGCCAUCCUGUUGGCCGUCAUGGCCUACGACCGCUACGUGGCCAUCUGCAACCCGCUGCGCUACACAGUGGUCAUGAGCCCGCGGGCCUGCCUGCUCCUGGCCGCGGCCAGCUGGGCCACUGGUUUUCUCCAUGCCUUGAUGACCACGGUCAUGGCCUCCCGGCUGCGCUUCUGCAGCUCCAACCGCGUCCACCACUUCUUCUGCGACAUCAAACCCCUGCUCAGCCUGGCCUGCGGCAGCACCCACCUCAACCUAGCCCUGCUCAACGUGGAUGCCGCGGUCCUCGGCCUGAGCUCCUUCCUCCUCACGCUUCUCUCCUACCUCUGCAUCAUCUCCUUCCUCCUCGUGAAGGUCCAGUCACGGGAAAGCCGGAGAAAGGCCUUUUCCACCUGUACCUCCCACCUCACCGUGGUGUCUCUGUUCUACGUGCCAGUCCUUGGCAACUACAUGAUUUCCUCGCCGGGUUUCCCCUCCGAAAGAGACAUGAUCCCCACCCUCAUGUACAGCAUCGUCACGCCCGUCCUCAACCCUCUGAUCUACACUCUGAGGAACGAGGAGGUGAAAUCAGCACUCAAAAAAGUCCUAAAGCGAAAACUCUUCCCUAAAAGGACAUGA